AACCGACCCAAUUCGAUUACUCAGGGGCGACAGACCAGUUCCUAUGCUACAUGCUGGGGUGAAGGAAACGUUACAUAAUAAUUUCGUCAGGAAUGGGGGGAGAGAGAAAGAGAGCGAACAGAAAACAUGGCGGCCUUCCGAAGUUCAACCUUUUGCGGUCGCAUCAUCCCCUUCGCCAAGACCAUGACAAAGCGAAACUUCAGCUUUAGAUUGUCAUGUCCGCUUGUCCGUGCGGCAUUCUCCAUUUCUACUGCUUCUGCAGUUAAACGGGUCGGGACUCACAAUGGCAGCUUCCACUGUGACGAGGUCCUCGCCUGCUUCAUGCUCCGCCUCACUGACAAAUUCCGGGAUGCCCAAAUUAUCCGCACUCGAGACCCGCAGGUGUUGGACACGCUCGACGCUGUGGUGGAUGUGGGAGGAGUCUAUGAGCCGAGGAGGGAUCGAUACGAUCACCAUCAGAGAGGAUUUGGGGAGGUUUUAGGGCAUGGCUUCACCACAAAACUCAGCAGCGCAGGCCUUGUCUAUAAGCAUUAUGGGACAGAGCUGAUCGCGAAGGAUGUUGAGCUCCACGAAGGCCAUCCCGAUGUGCAUCGGCUGUUUCUUGCUGUCUAUAAAAACUUCAUAGAGGCUGUUGAUGCCACUGAUAAUGGAAUCAGCCAAUAUGAGACAGAUCAACGACCAAGGUAUAUCAAUAAUACAAGUUUGUCUUCGAGAGUGGGAGGGUUAAAUUUGGAUUGCGUGGAUCCAGACGUUUCAUCCAAAAAGGAAGAUGAAGCUUUUCAACGUGCAAUGGAACUUGCUGGAAGUGAAUUUCUAGAGAGUGUACUUUUUUAUGCGAGAUCAUGGUUACCUGCUCGAUCGAUAGUCAUGGAGUGUAUAUCAAUGAGAAAGAAUAUUGAUCCCAGUGGAGAAAUCAUGGUGCUUAAUAGAUCUUGCCCGUGGAAGCUUCACAUUUUUGAGCUGGAGGAGGAAAUGAAGAUUGAUCCUUCCAUCAAGUAUGUUAUCUAUCAGGAUGACAGGAGUGAAAAAUGGAGACUACAAGCUGUAGCAGUCUCUUUCAGUAACUUUGAAAGUCGGAAACCUCUGCCAGUGUCUUGGAGGGGUUUGGAGGGUGAUAAACUCUCUAAGGUAGCUGGAAUUCCCGGUUGUGUUUUUGUCCACAUGAGUGGUUUCAUUGGUGGGAACAAAACUUGCGAGGGUGCGCUAGCUAUGGCACGAGCUUCCUUAUGCGCAGCAUAAAAUGCAAAUGUCAUGAAUUGGAGGGAGACGAAUUCCUCACAGCUCCCCAAGAAGAACAGACAACUUGUCAUGUGGUCAUAGACUGUUCGAUUAUCAGACAGGUAAUCCCUCUUUGAACCAUGUGUUCAAGCCCCCUUCUAGAUGGAAGACAUUUGUGUAGCCAUUGAGGACGAGAAAAUAUGCUGCUAUAAGAGAUCUGCAGGAAGUAGCAAUAUUACAAUUUAUAUAUCAAUGUAAAACAGUGAACAGGAUUUGUAAUGUCAGGUAGGCAUUUGUGCGGCAAUUUAUUCAUCAUCAGAUUUAGAUUUCAAUGAGAUUACCUUGACUGUUGUCCUUCAGGAAGAUUCUGGGAUGGUUUCAUUGUGCCACCAGCUGAGCAAGCUACAAUUAUCUUUGCAUCUUUACUUAUUUUUGAUUCCACACCUGAGGAACAUAGUGCAGUUCUGAUCAUCAUUUCAUAUUUAAAUAAUAUUUAGUCAUAGAAAUAGGCAGGACCAGAUAAUUUUGCCAUACUUUGGAGAAAUUCAGGAUUCUCUUCUGUGCCUGAAAAGAUGCCAAAGAAGGCAAAAGCAGCACGGCGGGCGAUGUCCCAUGCCGUCCAUUCUUUGAUAAGCCUAUAUAUUUGUACAUUAAUUGCACCCGGUGGGUGAGCCUGCAAAACCCAGAAAUGGGAUUAUCCGCUGAACGUUGGAUUCCUACUUUGUUGGUGAGCAACAAGCAAGAUGAAGUUGUAUGUAGUGUUAUAAUUAUUUGAGUGUUGGGCCGUAUGACUAACCUCCUUGAAUUCUGCUUCGGGCCUUACAUCGAGAAUCACAAAGUUGUUCUCCUGCUGAAGGCGCAAAGCUUCCUUCACAUCCACACUUCUUACCUGGGAAAACGGGUACUUCCAGUUUCAUUUUUCUGGUCUUUUACUAAAUAAUAUACUCACUUACUUGCAAUCUCUCCGUCUCAACAAAGAAAGUAUUUGCUCUUAGAAUCAUAAUGUUAUACCCUCCUUGAUCAUUGGAUGUACAUGUCAGCAGCAUUUUAAGUAACUCUCUGAACACUUGCAAUAUGCAUCUUUUACGGUAUCCUUUCACGGUAUAUGGAUGCAGUAGACACAUAUAUAUAGGUAAAUAUAUAAUACAAGUGUGCAUGAGGUACUGAAUUUUGAGGAUGGGACGGACAGAGGAGAUAGAUACCUUCUUCUGAAGUAGCAAUUCCCUCUUGACCUUCCAUUCCUCUUCAGCUGUUGCCAGAAAAGCAGACGGUCAAAGGUCAAGCUAAUUGUAUUUAGCUAUAUGAUGGAUCCAUUGAAUCCACGAACUUGCAGGGAGAUUAGAGUACCUGGAGAUUUUGCAGGUUUUGUUGCUGCAUUCUGUAUCUUCAGCCCAAUGGGCACACGUUGUGAAUACAGUCUCUGCCCUGGUCUCUGUCUCAAAGUCGAACCUCCGAUUGGGCUUGUAAGUGCCACACAACAGGAAGAUCCAUAGUCAUGAGCAGUCGUCGAUGACAAGCAUAAAGAAGAAGACGGCGGAGACCGGUGUGGGCAGAUUGAAGCUAGACCAGCCAUUGAUCAAUGUUCUAAAGCUUCAAUAGAAGCAAACACCAGCAAGCAACAAAUAUCGAAGGAAGUGGACAACAGAAGAACCACGCGGCCACACACACCGUGACAAAACUGAAUGGAAAAAAAACCGGCCCUUUGGCCCGGUACGUGCUUCAUCUUACUCUUCCUAGCUCGUCCUUGCAGAAGCAGUCCUAGUGAUUGCCAAUAUUCCGAGUAACACGCCCCAUUCAAAACUCGUGUUCGGUUUUUAUACCUGAUUUCAGCAAGAACUUCUUGUCUACAGACACCGCUCUUUGUAAUAAGCACUCCUUUUUCUAGCAAUGACUAGUGUUUAUUUGUGACC